UGUGAUAGUACCAGUCCAAUGUGGUUUGUGCACAAAAACGCACCGAACAAAGGAUUUGUGAAGUGACCUAAUUUUUUUCUUUUUUUAAAAGUGAAGUGACCAUGGUUUCCGUCCAGACGAUCGCCACUAUUGUGGUGAAGGUUUUCAAAAUUGUGCUAAACAUAGUAAUCCUCGUCCUCUACCGGACAGGUUACAAUGGGGAGUUCCUGGGGGUGGGAGGUACGUGGAACCUCAAUGAGGAGAAGAACCCUGACGCUGAGAUCGUGGCUUCCGGCGUCAUCGUGGGGUACCUCAUAUAUACCCUUGUCCAGGUGGUCACGUUUUUGUUUGGGACUACGGAGCAUAAGAGAGCUCUAUCGGAGAUCGUGAUGAAUUUUGUGGGUGUGUUCCUAUGGAUCGCGGUGGGUGCGGUGGCGCUGCACUACUGGGGAGGUUACCAGGGCGAACACCAGUUCCAGUUCGUAUUCGCUGAGAAACAAGUCGGUCUUGCAGUGGGAGCCCUGUGUGUCAUACAAGGAGCAGUCUACCUUCUGGAUACCGCACUUUCCGUCAUACAUUACACUAAGGAGAUGUUGAAACUGGAGUAUCUGUACACCGACACUCUUGUAACCAUUUCGCCGUUUUCGACGGAUUUUUGGCGGGAGGACACAUACGACGCCAAAAUUGCUCCUCUAACGGAAAACGUAUCAGAGUACGGGGGCGGCGCUCGUGUUGUGUGGGCUAUGUCGGCAGACAGAGAGGAGGCAGCGGCGAAGAAGGGAGAUGACGGCUCCAGCAGCGGCGACAGCAGAGCGGCAGCCGCGCUGAAGAGGAACUGGUGUGUGGGGCUGAGGGUCGUGGAGCUGGUGUGCUCCGUGAUCGCAAUCGGGCUGGUGGUGGGCGCGCUGUACUCCCCGCAAGUGGUGAAUUCUGACCACCGCCACAUCGCGCUCAUCUACUCCGCAUACUCCAGUUUCAUCAUCAUCACUGGUGUGCUGAUCAUCGCGCGGUUGCUGGGCGAGGCAGCGGGCUGGCGGACGUCGCUCGGUUUCUCCGCGAUAGGAGUCAUCAUGUUCACCGCCGCCGCCGCUGUCAUAUUUUACGAUUGGCACAGAUCUUACUACGCCAAUAUCCGUCCGAACAAGGAGGCGUACGAUCUCCUGAUCUCGUCCGGAGUUUUCGCGGUCAUCAAUGCCGCCGUUUUCCUCGUUCACGCUUUCUUAACUUUCAGAAAGGAAGCGGAAUACUAAAGUUUUUUACACCUAAGAAAAUGUUAAACUUAAAUUGUAACGUUAUAUUUAUAAAUAAAAUUAUAUUUUUUAGAAAUAAGUUUGUAACUUAUAAAUGCUAGUUUUAAUUUAAUGUAAGAUUAUCAUUUUUAUUUACUCCCAAAGUAUUAGUUGUAAUUUAGAUCAAGGUAAGUAAAUUAUUUGCUUGUUUAUAUUAUAAAUGUAUCGUGUAUUUUGUCGUAUCGUAAGAUAAAAUGUAAAUAAUCACAAAUGUUGUCCUACGGUGUAGCCUAUUUUUUUGUUAGUGCAGCUAAUCAUUUUAGAAAUUGUAAAUUUUAUCAAGCCUACAUAACUUUUAUUCAUACAUAAAAAAGUUGCCCUAUACUGUAGCUCGAAGUUUUAUCCGGUGCAGCUAAUAAUAAUAAUAUCCAAUAUCCACUGUCUCGUAUAGUAACUUCUUGUUAAAGAUUUUUUUUUAUAUUUGUUUAACGAAUUAAGGCAAUAGGAAAGCGUAUUAUAAAAUGCCUUUAUUGUAGAACUUCACGGUAAAUAAAGAAAAUAUAAUUACUUAUUGUAAUCUUAUAAAAUAGGUAAAUCCUUAAUAUUA